GGGCUUCUGCUCGUCUUCGCCGCACUUUGUCUGUGGCCAACAAAUGGGGAAAUUUGCGGGCCAAAUGUUGACAUUCGCAAUGAUAUCCAUGAGCUGAAACGCCUGGAGAACUGUACGGUGAUUGAAGGUUUCCUUCAGAUUCUGCUCAUCCCUAAAGCAGAGGAUUACCGCAACUUCCGCUUCCCAAAGCUCACCGUCAUCACUGACUAUUUGCUGCUGUUCCGGGUGGCGGGCUUGGAAAGCCUCAGCGAUCUCUUCCCCAACCUCACAGUCAUUCGUGGAAGGAACCUCUUCUACAACUAUGCCUUGGUUAUCUUUGAAAUGACAAAUCUUAAAGAGAUUGGACUUCACAACUUGAGGAACAUAACCCGCGGGGCCAUCCGGAUUGAGAAGAACUCUGACCUGUGUUACCUCUCCACGGUGGACUGGUCUCUCAUCCUCGAUGCGGUGUCCAAUAACUACAUCGUUGGGAAUAAACCUCCAAAGGAGUGUGGGGACUUGUGUCCAGGAACGAUGGAAGAGAAGCCGUUGUGUGAGAAGACGUCUAUUAACAACGAGUACAACUACCGCUGCUGGACCACCAACCACUGCCAGAAAACGUGCCCCAGCUCAUGUGGCAAGCGAGCCUGUACAGACCAGAAUGAGUGUUGCCAUCCCGAAUGCCUGGGGAGCUGCACAGCACCCGACAACAACACCGCUUGCGUGGCCUGCCGCAACUACUACUACGAGGGUGUCUGCAUGCCCACCUGCCCUCCCAACACCUACAAGUUCGAGGGCUGGCGCUGUGUCACUAAAGAGUUCUGCUCCAAAGUCCCUGCCACCGAAACGAGUGAAUACGAGAGGUUUGUGAUCCACAACGACGAGUGCAUGGCAGAGUGUCCCUCUGGAUUCAUUCGCAACGGGAGCCAAAGCAUGUUCUGCAGCCCCUGUGAGGGGCCCUGCCCCAAAAUUUGUGAGGAUGGGAAAACAAAGACCAUCGACUCUGUCACAUCAGCACAAAUGUUGCAGGGAUGCACAAUUCUCAAGGGAAAUCUCCUGAUUAACAUCCGUCGUGGAAAUAACAUUGCCUCAGAGCUGGAGAAUUUUAUGGGUCUGAUUGAGACAGUGACAGGGUACGUGAAGAUUCGCCAUUCCCAUGCGUUAGUCUCCCUGUCUUUCCUGAAGAACCUGCGGUAUAUUCUGGGAGAGGAACAGGUGGACGGGAAUUAUUCCUUCUACGUGCUUGACAACCACAAUCUGCAGCAGCUGUGGGACUGGAACCAUCAUAACUUGACGAUCAAGGAGGGGAAAAUGUACUUUGCGUUUAAUCCCAAGCUGUGUGUUUCUGAGAUUUACCGAAUGGAGGAAGUCUCGGGAACCAAGGGACGACAGAGCAAAGGAGACAUAAAUCCAAGGAACAAUGGGGAGAGAGCCUCUUGUGAAAGCCACAUUCUGCGUUUUGUUUCCAACACUACACUCAAGAAUCGGAUUAAACUAACAUGGGAACGGUAUCGCCCUCCGGAUUACAGAGAUCUCAUUAGCUUCACUGUUUACUACAAAGAAGCACCUUUCAAAAACGUGACAGAGUACGAUGGGCAAGAUGCGUGUGGCUCCAACAGCUGGAACAUGGUCGACGUUGACCUGCCACCGAACAAAGAGAACAAUCCUGGAAUUUUGCUGCAGGGACUGAAACCUUGGACUCAAUACGCCAUUUACGUCAAGGCUGUCACCCUCACCAUGAUGGAAAACCAUCACAUUCAUGGAGCUAAAAGUGAAAUUGUGUAUAUACGAACCAAUGCUGCAGUGCCAUCCAUUCCCUUGGAUGUUAUUUCAGCAUCCAACUCCUCAUCCCAACUGAUUGUGAAAUGGAAUCCUCCCUCUCUUCCCAAUGGCAACCUCUCGUACUACAUCGUGCGAUGGCAGCAGCAACCUCAGGACAGUUACCUUUACAGGCACAAUUACUGCUCCAAAGAUAAAGUCCCAAUUCGAAGAUACGCUGAUGGGACCAUUGAUACAGAAGAAGCUACUGAACCCACCAAGCCAGAGGGCUGCGGGGGAGAAAAAGGACCUUGCUGUGCUUGUCCCAAGACAGAGGCAGAAAAGCAAGCUGAGAAGGAGGAAGCAGAGUACCGGAAAGUCUUUGAGAACUUCCUUCACAACUCCAUCUUUGUCCCCAGACCUGAUCGGAAGCGGAGGGACGUGUUCCGAAUCGCCAACGCCACUUUGGCCACUCGAAACAGGAACGCGACGGGGACGGAUCACUUCACCAACGCCUCUGACGCAGAGGAGAGUGAGGUGGAAUACCCCUUCUUUGAGACCAAAGUGGAUGGCAAGGAGAGGACUGUGAUCUCCCAUCUCCAGCCUUUUACUCUUUACCGCAUCGAUAUUCACAGCUGCAACCACGAAGCUGACACGCUUGGUUGUAGCGCUUCCAACUUUGUCUUUGCAAGAACCAUGCCUUCAGAGGGAGCAGAUAACAUUCCAGGAACAGUAGCGUGGGAAGCAAAGGAAGAAAAUAGCGUCUACCUGAAGUGGUUGGAGCCUGCAAAUCCGAAUGGGCUGAUACUGAUGUAUGAAAUCAAAUAUGUGCAGCAUGGAGAGGAGAAGCGGGAAUGUGUUUCCAGACAGCAGUACAAGAAGCUUGGAGGAGCUAAACUCACUCACCUGAACCCUGGAAACUAUUCUGCUAGAGUUCAGGCCACUUCGUUGGCUGGAAACGGGUCAUGGACUGAGCCAGUCUUUUUCUAUGUGCAACCCAAAUCAGCAAACUAUGGAAACUUCCAGCUCUUGAUAAUUGUGCUCCCUAUUGCUUUCCUGCUCAUCAUCGGGGGCUUACUGAUAAUGCUGUACGUCUUUAACAAAAAGAGGAACAGUGACAGACUGGGUAAUGGAGUACUUUACGCUUCUGUGAACCCGGAGUACUUCAGUGCUUCAGAUGUGUAUGUUCCAGACGAAUGGGAGGUGCCCCGUGAGAAGAUCACCAUGUGUCGGGAGCUUGGGCAAGGCUCCUUUGGAAUGGUGUACGAGGGAAUAGCCAAGGGAGUGGUGAAGGAUGAGCCGGAGACCAGGGUGGCCAUCAAGACUGUCAAUGAGUCUGCAAGCAUGCGUGAGAGGAUAGAGUUCCUAAACGAGGCCUCGGUGAUGAAGGAGUUCAAUUGUCACCACGUGGUUCGGCUGCUUGGUGUUGUUUCUCAGGGCCAGCCUACGCUGGUUAUCAUGGAGCUGAUGACACGUGGGGACCUCAAAAGUUACCUGAGAUCAUUGAGGCCAGACACAGAGAGUAAUCCUGGCCAGUCACCUCCAACUCUGAAGAAGAUGAUUCAGAUGGCAGGGGAGAUUGCUGAUGGGAUGGCAUACCUCAACGCCAACAAGUUUGUUCACAGAGACCUUGCUGCGAGAAACUGCAUGGUGGCAGAAGACUUCACCGUGAAAAUUGGAGAUUUUGGCAUGACAAGAGAUAUCUACGAGACAGAUUAUUAUCGUAAAGGAGGGAAGGGUUUGCUGCCUGUCCGCUGGAUGUCCCCAGAAUCACUGAAAGAUGGAGUCUUCACAACGCACUCCGAUGUCUGGUCUUUUGGUGUUGUACUGUGGGAGAUCGCAACGCUAGCAGAGCAGCCAUACCAAGGCAUGACCAAUGAACAAGUGCUGCGCUUCGUGAUGGAAGGAGGUCUGCUGGAGAAACCAGACAACUGUCCCGAUAUGCUGUUUGAACUGAUGCGCAUGUGCUGGCAGUACAAUCCGAAAAUGCGGCCCUCCUUCCUGGAGAUCAUUGGUAGCAUCAAAGACGAGCUGGAUCCAGCAUUCAAAGAGGUCUCCUUCUUCUACAGUGAAGAGAACAAGCCUCCGGACACAGAGGAGCUUGACCUGGAGACUGAAAACAUGGAGAGCAUUCCUUUAGAUCCCUCCUCCACCCUCCAACCCACUGACAAGCACUCAGGACACAAAGCCGAGAACGGCCCGGGCGUGGUGGUCCUUCGGGCCAGCUUCGAGGAGAGACAGCCGUACGCACACAUGAACGGGGGACGCAAGAACGAGAGGGCCUUACCGCUGCCCCAGUCUUCGGCCUGCUGAUCCUUGGAACCAGAGUCUCACAGAAAUGAAACACAGAGAAACACACGCAUUGGGGGAAGAAAAACAAACAGAAAAUUACAAUAUAUUCAAAAGCCUACUGUACCUCAGUGGAUCUUCAGAACUGCCAUAGCUGCACUUGGGAGAACCCUUUUUUCAGUAAACAAGUUAUCGUAUUUUUUUCUUUUUUCAAUAUGCAAGCAGAUGUUUGUUUCAGUACAGGACUCCAUUCAUGGGGCACACAGUUGGCCUUUUAAAACUCUAAUGUUAACACUUAAUAGCAACAGAAAACUUGAGAUCUGAUGUCUCUCUCUCUCUCCUCUUUCCUCUCUCUUCUCUCUCUCUCUUUCUGUCUCUCUUUGCUUCAUAAUGGGAAACAUAUCUGCGUGCAAGUUCAACCGUACAGCACUUUUAUCAGAUCAAAGAUAUCGCAGGCCAGGUGGCUCCCCGAUACCCUUGCAGGCACCUGCCUAACACUGUAGGUCUUUAU